GUCUCUCGUCGCCGCCGCGUCACAUCCGCAGCCGCCCCCGAUUCUCUGUCAUCGCGUCGCGCCUUGACACAAACCGCCGCCUCCGCGAUCGAGAUGGUUGACACGGCUGCGGAAGGAUCAAGUCACCUAUGCAUUUGUUGUGGGGACGUUGGUAGAGGAACGCCGGCUGGCCAUUAAGAGUGGAUGACAUGGAGCUGCUCCUGAGCACGGCAACAUGGCUGCUGCUGGGAUCCGGCUUUGGCUCAGCCAAUCCGGACGCGAAACGGCUUUACGACGACCUGCUCUCAAACUACAACAGGCUCAUCCGACCGGUUGGAAACAACUCGGACAGAUUGACUGUCAAGUUGGGACUCAGGCUGUCACAGCUCAUCGACGUGUGCUGACGGUAACUACGAGGUGACGAUAAUGACGAAAGCCAUCCUGCACCAUACGGGCAAAGUGAUAUGGAAGCCCCCGGCUAUCUAUAAAUCAUUCUGCGAGAUAGACGUUGAGUAUUUUCCCUUCGACGAGCAAACAUGCGUCAUGAAAUUCGGAUCAUGGACGUACGACGGUUAUAUGGUUGAUCUUCGACAUAUUCUGCAAACCCAAGACUCCAAUAACAUUGAUGUGGGCAUUGACCUCCAAGACUACUACAUAUCAGUUGAAUGGGACAUCAUGAAGGUACCUGCAGAACGGAACGAAAAGUACUACAGUUGUUGUGAAGAACCAUAUCCAGACAUAAAAUUCUACAUCACAUUGAGAAGGAAGACACUUUUCUAUAUGGUGAAUCUGAUAAUUCCCUGUGUGGGAAUAUCCUUCCUGUCCAUCUUAGUAUUUUAUCUCCCGUCAGACUCUGGAGAAAAGGUGUCACUCUCCAUCUCCAUUUUGCUGUCUCUGACUGUGUUCUUCCUUUUACUAGUAGAGAUCAUCCCACCUACAUCUAUCACAGUGCCUCUGUUAGGGAAAUAUUUGCUAUUCACCAUGCUGCUUUGCACCCUCUCAGUAGUAGUGACCAUAGCAGUACUGAACGUAAACUUCCGAUCACCAGUGACCCACAAAUUAGCACCGUGGGUGAAAAGGUUCUUCAUCGACUUCCUGCCGAAGUUUCUUUUCAUACAGAGACCGAAAAAAGAAGAAGAUGACAAGAAUCACGACAUGUUGACAGAUGUCAUUCACAUGCCUCUCGCAGACAAGUAUAAACCGUUUGAGAAGUCAUCUUUUGACAGCUUUGACCUAGGAAUUCCACCCCCUAGAUUUGACCAUGGCGGUGGCGGUUUCACCUCCUGUUUCGGAGAACCUCCCUUCCCACUCCCAUUAACUGGAGGCGAUGAGGAAUUGUACAGUCCAGCCAGUUGCAGAACCACCUUCGAUGGUACUAGCGACACUAGUCCGUACUUUGAAAAAAUGGAAGGACACGAUAUGGAGAAGGCUAUUGCCGACUCCAGGUUCAUCGCCCAGCAUGUUAGAAAUAAGGAUUCGUUUGAAAGUGUGGCGGAAGACUGGAAAUACGUAGCAAUGGUGCUGGACCGCCUCUUCCUGUGGAUCUUCACACUGGCGUGCAUCGUGGGCACAGGCGUUAUCAUAUUCAACGCACCCUCGCUCUACGACACCACGAAACCCAUUGACGUGCUCAUCUCCAAGGUGGCCAAGAAGAAAAUGGCGUUGCUCAAAAUGGUCCCAGAGGAGCUUUAACUUAAGUGUAACUAUCAUAGUGGGCGCCGCAUAUACAUAUAUUCACUUGAAAGAGGAUGGGGGACAAGGGUGAUUGUCUUAUUCACGUCAUGAGGCUUACCGUUAUUGCUAUAACUAGCUCAAAAAGGCCCCAUUGACCUGCUGGUGUAGAAUAUCAAGGGCAUAGUAAUCCUGGAAGUGUACGCAUCCACUUGAGAAAAAUAUUGUGGUUUGGUUUUCCACAUAAUCUUAUUAAAGAAACUCCCUUUAAGCAACCAGCAUGUUGUCUGUCCCUAAAUUGCAUCAAAACUUGUUUAAACAUUUUUAACCAUGCCCAAAAAUCACAUUUUUGCACCGAGCAACAUUUAGGCUUUUUGGGUCGUUCUGAACAAUAAAGGUUCUGAGAAACAUUUCUCUAGAGCUAACAGCUAAAAAAAUUUAAUAUUGUCAAAGUUCCUAAAUACUCUUCGAACAUCCUUGAUAAAAAUCUCGAAGCAUUUGAGGGGGUAUUGUUGCUGCAAGUUUUUGUUUUGAUUGACUUGAUAACCUAUUAUCGUUCUUUAAAUUCUUGCAAACUGGAUUUUACCACCAAAUAAUGCACUACACAAUCCGUAAGCAUUAGAAUAACAACGUGGCUCUUUGACAUAUGAGAAUAUGUUUCUUUUAAAGAAUAUUCAAGUCGUGAUGCGUAUUCCCAUUGCAAAUAUAUCAAACUAGAAUGGUCAUUUCUAAUUUUGUUAUAGUUUCCCUUGACGCGAACAAGAUACACGAGGAUAACAAUAUAUAGAUCAUAAUGUAAGAGAAUAUGGUGUUAAAUGAUUUUACUCAUCCAUUCCAUAAUUAUCAAUGAGAAACGUUUGAAGGCAUUUUGUUGUUUAGUAAAUAAGUCUCUCUUAACUUAAGGUCGGAUCAUCAGUUGUUCUUACAAUUGUAGGUCGCCUUCAUGGCCUCCUUGAUUUUCAUAGUGCUCUACUGCUCCGUGUCAGCGCGCUAUUUUGAGGUUAUGUCACAGAUAUCUGUUUGUUUCAAGAAGGUAUUUCUAGAUCUCCACUGUUCCUGUCAGCGUCAGCGCUCUCCUAUUGUGAUGUUUUCUUUUUACUUGUAGUAAAUUUUAGGUUGAUAUGAAUCAAAAGCAUUAAUAAUUUGAUGCGAAUAGAUAUUUGUAACAUAACCUCAGAAUAGAGCGCUGACUGGGAACAGUAGAAAACUAUGAAAAUCAAGGAGGCCAUAAAAGUGACGAAUUGUAGGACACCUGUAUGGCUUCCUUGAUUUUCAUAGUCUUUUCUCUCCUCCAGAAAUGCUGGGGCAUUUCUAGAUUUUUAUUGUUCCAUGUCAGCGGCAGCGCUCUUCUAUUAUGAGGCUAUGUUUUCUUUUUGAAUUGCUGGAAAUUUCAGGCUGGUACAUCAGAUGAUAUAAAUCAAAAGCAUGAACGAUUUGAUCCAAAUGGAUAUGAGUAACAUAACCUCAAAAUAGAGCGGUGACACGGAACAGUAGAAAACUAUGAAAAUCAAGGAGGUGACCUACAAUUUAUUGUAGGCAUCAGGCAACAAAGAACUAACAAUAAAUAUUUUGAAGUAUUCAGUCUCGAAAUAAAGGAAAUCAUUACUUUCCUUUCCAUCAUGAAUACCGUUUUGUAAACACUGAUUCAAAAUAUUAUUGUGCGUACGUAUAUUCUCUAUAUUGAAAAUCAGUUUGCUCAUAUGUACUCCAAUGAAAUUAAUAGUACAUUGGUGUAAUAUUUUUGGGGCAUAUCUUUGUAAUUGGCGUAUAAGACAAAAGUGUUAUCUGUGUAAGAUAUUUUCAAAAUAGUAUGGAGAAACAACAUCCUUGGAGCUCUCUGGAUAAGGCUGUUUCAAUUCAAACGUCAAAUCUUGGAUUUAGAUAAGCCCAAAACAUGCAUGAGCAAUAUGUAAUCAUAAAAACAUUCUCAAAAAGACUCAUUUGUUGCAAAAUCAAUUUUUUGAAGUAGCUAGAUUGUGACUUCUAUUCUUCAUUGUUCAUGUUAAGUUUUUAUGACUGUUAACUCAUUAUUGCUGCUAAAGCUAGGUUACCGGGUUUUUUGGAAAUAAAAAAUCUAAUGACACUCCUCAACGGGCAAUAUUUAACUGCAUCAUCUAGUACGGACCUGCAUGAGCUAGACAUGUUUGACACUUGCGAUAUACAGGGUGGAUCUUUGUUAAAAAAUCUGAAAAAAAGUUUAUAUAAACAUGGGUCCGGGAAUGCAGAGUUUCCAAGAUGGAGGGUGAUACAUUUGAAAAAAAAAUGUUUACCUUAACAUAUUACAGUUACUAUAAGCACGUGUUUACAUUACAUGAAUGUCUGCCAUUUCCUCAAAAGUGUAAUUUUCCAUCUUUUUAGAGAAAUUUCGCAAAGAAAAUUACGGGAAUAAUUCUUUUCUAGAAGCAAAUGUCAAAACUCCACGCAGAAAUGAUUUUUUGUUUUCGAAGGCACUUGUGAUUUCUUAGCAAAAAUUAAUAAACCAAUUUCGUCCAGGGACAUACAAUAAAAUGGUUUUUUUUUUCUCGAAAACGAGUGAGAAACGUGAAAAAUAUAAGAGGCAAAGAAGUUGUAGUUUUAGAUGCUCAAUCAAACAACAAAUAUUAAAGUCACAAAAAAGGCAGUGGCGUAUAUUUUUUGCCAAUAAUAUUCGCGAAAGUGUCCCACGGAACGCCACUGGACCAAAUAAUUUCAAUGUAUUUAGGGAUAAAUUAGCCUCUUAUUGCAACAAACAAUACUGCCAAAUUUCAACAGAAUUUACAUAUUUUUUAAGAUAAUAAAAAAAAGUUAUAUACUUUGAAAACACUGCAUUUCCAAACCCAUAUUUAUAUAAACUUUUCACCAUCCAAAAUAUCUUCGUCUAUUUUUCGGUAUAAUGCAGCGGUCACAUCUCUAUUUAAUUAUACCUAAAGAUUUAAAAGACUUACAUUUCGGACUUUAUUUCAAAAGAAAUUUGAAAAAGUGGCUACAUUCUAUAUCUAGGACCCUUGUUUAAAGAAACUUUUUUUCAUAUUUUUCAACAAGUAAUCGCCCUCUAAAAUAUCUCCGUCUAAUUUUCGAACACCCUGUAUAGCCGCGUCAUAUGCUGCGAUAUGUUUAUGAGGUUUAUAACCAUAAAUAUAGCCAAAUAUUGCAAUGAAAAUGUUGCUCGUUUAGAAGCUCCAUAAAUAACCAAGGGGUUCAGCAGGCGAUGUUUCAUCAACUCAUCACUUUAUUUCUCCUCUAACAGGCAAAUUCGUAAUUCUAAAUGAUUUUUAUACAAUACUAUGUUACUACGUUUAAUGCACUUUUCUUAUACCUUUUACGAAAUCACACUGUUUUUGCGUUUUGCUAUCCUUAUGGUGUUUUAUUUCCAGAGAACCACAUUUAGCAACUCGAAGCUUUGCAUAGUAAAGAAAACUUGUUACUGAGCGAAAGCGUGUCGUUUGUAAAUAAAUAUGCUCUCUGUCCCUUUGAAAGGUUUGUAUGCCGGCUCAUGUCAAUCAAUGUUGCAAGACUUUUUGCGAUAACGACGAUAAUCACUAAUAUAUAGUGUAAUAUUGUUAUGUUGUGUACGAGGGCAAUUCCAAAAAUAAAGACUCCUAUGUUUUAGUACAAAAACCAUUUAUUUGCGAUAUAGCUUGAAAAAGGCUUCAAUGUUUAUAGUGACUAUGUUGAAAAAUAAAAAAAUGUUUAUAUCUUGAUUUUUGAUACAUUUUUGGUUCGUAAGUGAAGUUUCUCCAUUACAAAACGGUUCUUACGUGAAAAAUGGUCCUCGUAGGUAAGAAAAUAGACAAAUGUUCAAGCUUAUGAUGAGGUAUCAAUUAUUGGAAAUGGUUUUUGUAUUUUAAGAAAAAUGGAGGCAUUACUUUUACGAUUUCCCCGUACUAUUGAUCAAAUCAAUAAUGUUAUUACGAUGUUCAUGCUGUUUCGUUUAUAAGAAAUAACGUAGGGUA